AUGGCGCCGGCACUGCAACCAACCGUCGAGGACCGAAAUUCGUCGGACACUGCGUCUUCGUCUCUCAGGAGUCCGCGGACGGCUCGUUUUGCGGAGGCAACGGCGGUCCAUUCCCCAACCGGCCCUGCUGACGCGCGCAAUUCCCCGUUUGCAGAUCCUUCCAACCAACCUCAGGCUCAUCCAGAUGUGUCUGAUGUAGGGUUUGGAUAUGUCACGGCAAGCGACCCUGCGCAACAUGCAUCGCACCAGGUCCCGCCUGCCUCACCCCUGAAGAGUGCCUUGAAGGUCCCAGGUACGCCCGGACGCACGCUCAAUCCACUCAGUCCAACAUUCCGAGAAGAGUUCUACGUCGAGAAGCAAGAGAAAUCGGCGGAUAAGGAGAACGCUAGAGAUCUGCGCAUUAAACUUCGGGUACGAAUUGCGAAGAUCUUCCUUCGCUUUGUGAAUUUUUCAUGCAGUCUUAUCGUUCUCACAAUCCUGGGAACAACUCUGACCAUCUUCCACGCAACAAAAACGUUGCCAUCUCGCAGUGGCUUCCCUGCAUGGGCCAACGGUACGAAUCCGUGGACACAGUACCUACUCUUGUCGGUUGCUUGUGUGUCGCUGUUCGCUUGUCUGAUCGUGUUCUGGGGAUAUUGGAAGGGCGGCCAUAAGCGUGCAGAGAAAGUCGCCGUGUACUACUCGGUCUUUUCGGUCUGUUUCUUCACAUUCAGUUUAAUCAUGUGGGUCGUUGCAGCUGCCCUCUACCAGAACGACAAAGCCUCCGGCGGCGGCCAGGACUUGUGGGGUUGGUCCUGCAAGAAGAAUACUCGCGAGGAACUGUUCCGGAGCGAUAUUGAUUACGCCCUUCUUUGCCGUCUUCAGGACUGGGGACUAGUGUGCGCUAUCAUCGAGAUAGUUCUCGAAGUUAUGAUUAUCCUGAUCUACGCCGUGGUGUUCUAUCGGUUCUGGACCAAAAGACGGCUCGCAAAGUCUAUGGACCGCCGCGACAAAGCUCGAUCCGACUUAUACCUGGCUCAACUUCGUUUCCAGUCGGCACCAAACACUCCUGGGUUCCCCCAUGCCGCCAAAAGCCCCCUUGUAACCACGUCUAUCCCUCAGGACCCCUAUUCUGCAGCGGAAAAUGGAGAAUCGUGCUCGACUCAGUUUGCUACUCCUCGAUCGCCAACUAUGCCGCAACCUACAUUUCAGCUGCAGCCGCCUCCUAUUCGCGUGCAGCACGCAACCCCCAAAUCUGCACAGGAGGAGUUCCCUACACCUCCUCCCGUGGCUACGUCUAUCCAGAGUUCGACUCAGCAUAUGAUUGCUGCUCCCGGCGAGCGGACCUACGAAGCCGUCCCAAUCCCAGGCGCCUAUGCAAGCCCAAUGAGCCCCGGCUUUCCCCAAGGAACGCACCACUAA